UUGGCCAACCAUUGGAAACCGUCGCCCACACUGCCUCAGCGAGACUGCUGAGUCAACACAGUACACGUUGGAGGAACAGCAGCUGAGGCCAGGUUGUGUCGGAAAAGCGAUGACUGAAGGUCGGACUGGGCUGCGGCAGCCUCGGGGGCAGCAGAAGCUCUUUAGUAUGGAUGGAGAUGAGGAAGGGACCAUGAGUUCGAGCAGCACUGAUGUUAAAGAAAACUGCAACCUCGACAACGUUUUCUCCAAGGAGGGUAUGGGGGAGGGGGCACAGAUCCCCAACGGGGGUGCAGGGGUCGGCAGGAAGCGACCCUUAGAGGAGGGCAAUAACGGUCAUUCGCAUGCCAAAUUUCGAUCUAAGAAACGUAAGAAAACGCCCGGCCCGGUUCUGCCCAAGAACGCCCUGAUGCAGCUGAACGAGAUUAAACCGGGCCUCCAGUACAAACUGUUGUCCCAGACCGGCCCGGUCCACGCGCCCGUCUUUGUCAUGACGGUGGAGGUCAACGGACAACUUUUCGAGGGCUCGGGUCCUACGAAGAAGAAAGCCAAGCUGAAUGCAGCAGAGAAAGCACUGCGAUCCUUUGUGCAGUUCCCUAAUGCGUCAGAGGCUCACCUGGCCAUGGGUCGCACACUCACUGUCAACACGGACUUUACCUCUGACCAGGCCGACUUCCCCGACAUGCUCUUCAACGGAUUUGAGACGCCAGCCCCGCCGGAGGACGCUUUUUACCUGGGCACCAACGGUAACGGUUCCUUCUGCUCGCUCGGGGAGUACCCGCUGCCCUCCACGCCCUGCGCCAACAGCCUCGCUCAAAUGCCACUUCCCAUGCCCCCUUCUCCGUUCAUCUCCCCUGGCAACGGGAAGAACCCCGUGAUGAUCCUGAACGAGCUGCGGCCGGGGCUAAAGUACGAGUUUGUGUCGGAGAGCGGAGAGAGUCACGCCAAGAACUUUGUCAUGGCCGUGACGGUGGACACGCAGACGUUUGAGGGAUCGGGCCGGAACAAGAAGCUGGCCAAGGCCCGCGCCGCCCAAGCCGCGCUCUCUGGACUCUUCAACAUGCAGCUGGACCAGACGCCAUCUCGCCAACCAAUCCCCAGAGAGGGCCUGCAGCUGCACCUACCUCAAGUUCUUGCAGAUGCUGUAUCACGUCUGGUUGUAGAAAAGUUCAGUGAACUGACAGACAACUUCACCUCACCGCACGCCAGACGGAAAGUCCUCGCAGGCGUCGUCAUGACAACAGGCACAGAUGUCAAAGAGGCCCAGGUCAUCUGUGUGUCUACGGGAACAAAGUGUAUUAACGGCGAGUACAUGAGCGAUAGGGGCCUAGCACUUAACGACUGUCACGCUGAGAUCAUCGCUCGACGAUCACUUAUAAGAUACCUGUACAGUGAACUGGAGCACUUCCUCAGCAACAGUAAGGAAGAACAAGAUAAGUCAAUAUUUGUGCGCUGUGAAAACCAUGGCUUCAGGCUCAAAGACAAUGUGCAGUUUCACCUGUACAUCAGCACAUCCCCCUGCGGCGACGCACGAAUUUUUUCUCCGCACGAGGCUGGCGUGGAGGAUCAAGGUGACCGACAUCCAAACAGGAAAGCGCGCGGGCAGCUGAGGACGAAGAUCGAGUCGGGGGAGGGGACGAUCCCAGUCCGCUCCAGUAACACCAUUCAGACCUGGGAUGGCGUUCUUCAGGGAGAGAGACUGCUCACGAUGUCCUGCAGUGACAAAAUAGCCAGGUGGAAUGUAGUGGGCAUCCAGGGCUCUCUCCUGAGUUAUUUCACAGCGCCCAUCUAUUUCUCCAGUAUAAUCCUGGGCAGUCUGUACCACGCUGACCACCUGUCCCGCGCCAUGUACCAACGCAUCGCAGACAUCGAGGACCUGCCCCAACAGUUCUCCCUCAACAGACCUUUACUGAGCGGCAUAAGUAAUGCAGAGGCACGGCAGCCUGGGAAAGCUCCUAACUUCAGUGUGAACUGGUCAGUGGGUGAUCAGGCCUUAGAGGUCAUUAACGCCACGACGGGCAAAGACGACCUUGGCCGACCCUCUCACCUGUGUAAACACGCCCUGUACAGUCGCUGGGUACGCCUUCACUCUAAGCUCUCGCACACACUAAGGAUCAAAGUGGCCAAGCCCAGCACGUACCAUGAGGCCAAGCAGGCAGCAGUGGAGUACCACACAGCCAAACAAACUCUCAUUAAAGCCUUCCAGAAAGCAGGCCUGGGCGCCUGGGUGAAAAAGCCCAUAGAACAGGACCAGUUCUCCCUCACCUCCUGAGACAGACAAUGAGUGU